CAGUUUUCAUUUCACGAUACACUCGAGUUGUGACAACACACAAACAAAAAUCAGAGAAAAACAACAUAACAAAAUAAUUACAUGAAUAUACUAAAAGAACAGUGGAUUGUGUAAUUGUAAAUUAUCGUUUCUUUAAGCUGUCUCUGAGAACAGAACUGAUAUUUUUCAUACAAGAUAUAAGCUCAAAUGGAGGUGCAAUUGGAGGAAGCGCUUGAUCUAGUCGGUCACAGCCGACACAAUGUGCUAAUAUUGAUUGUGAGCAGUACAGUACAUUUGGCAGCCGUCUUAGAUCUACUUGGGUUUUGUGUGCUAGUACCAGCGGCUAGUUGCGAUUUGAAACUUGACUUGAUGGAGAUUGGUAUGUUAACUUCAGUUCCUUUUGCUGGUUACUUGUCAGCAUUACCUUGGGGCUACUACGCAGAUACCCAGGGCCGACGAAAAGCAAUAAUCGUAUCUACAAUAGUAGGAUCAGCUUUAGCUAUUGUUACCAGUUUUUCAUCAUCAUUUGAAAUGAUGCUUAUUUUAAAACUAAUUGGAUGCAGUUUCUCAACUGCAUCCAUAACUCUUACUAUAACAUAUCUCGGGGAAUGCACCGGAAGCAGACACAGGAACAAAUACAUCUUCAUUAUGAACAGUUUCAACCUUGCCUCUGAUUUUACAUGCUACGCUUUAGCCUACGGUAUUCUUCGUCUGGAAUUUAACAUCGCCAUUCCGUGGCUUUCCACCACGUACCGUCCAUGGCGACUGCUUGCUUUGGUCAUGGCGUUGAUGCUGGCGCUAAGAUCUUUGAUGACAAUCGACCAUGUAGCGCUGAGGGUGAAGCCAACCUUCUGGAGUUCGGUUGUAGCACAGACGAUACCGAUAUUCAAGCCUCCUUUAGUUUUGAAGACACUCCAACUUUUCUUCUUAAUGUCAGUCUGCUUAAGCACCAACAACGUUUUCUUCAUGUGGUUUCCAACGAUGGUGAAUUCAUUCUACUCAUCAAUGUCCGACACUCAAUCGGGCUUCUGCGAGAAAAUCAUAUCAAACCUUACGAAUGAGAUAUCUGAAGACGUAAUCUGUGAUGAUACAGUGGCAAACAACACCAUCUAUUCUGGCAUGGCUUUCAGCGUUUUCUUUACUUUAGUCAAUUUCUUGACCUCGAGACUGGCUAAAUGGAGGAAAAUUGUCUUGCUCUCGACACUUACUAUAUCGGGGAUAAGUGCAGUAUUAGUUGAUAUCAUACACCAGCCUGUAGUGAGCAUGAUGCUCUUUAUAUUUAUUCAGCUCUCUGGUAUACUGACGGGAAACGUAGCUUCUUACUUCGUUGAUUUGUAUCCGACUUCUUAUAGGGGUCUAGGUACAAGUCUUGGCUUGAUGUGUGCAAGGAUGACGUGCCUAGCCGGGGUCAACAUUGUUGGAGGCACAAUAGUUAGCCAUUGCAGCAUGACGUUCUUUGGAUGGGCCGUUUUCGUACUCUGUGGUAUAGCGGUCGCUUGGUUUCUGCCGUCCGACAAAAAACGAAUCGAAUUAAUUAAUGGAGUCUAGUUUCUCGUAAUGGGUACCUAUAUACAUAGUAAAUCAUACGUGAAGCAAAAACUUUGUACAUUUUUUACGAAAAUUGCGCGGACGGAGGAGUAUGAAAUUUCCCACACCUAUAAAGAACAUAGAGAAGGAGUGCAGAAUGCCAAUAAAUUUUUAAAAUUAUUCAUUAAUUAUUAAUCAUUAAUUAAUUAUUCAUUAAAAUUAUAAUUUGCGUAAUUACUGGUGGCACCUCUUGUGAGUCCGCACGGGUAGGUACCACCGCCCUGCCUCUUUCUGCCGUGAAGCAGUAAUAUGUUUUGGUUUGAAGGGUGGGGCAGCCGUUGUAACUGUACUGAGACCUUAGAACUUAUAUCUCAAGGUGGGUGGCGCAUUUACGUUGUGGAUGUAUAGAUAGAUAGACCAGGUGGGUUGUGAGCUCGUCCACCCAUCUAAGCAAUAAAAGCAAUAAAAAACAAAAACAAAAAAAAAUCAUACAAAUACAUUAAAUCAAUAAAUAAAACAUUGCACACACUACCGUGUAUUUGACAUACACACACAUAAUAUACCUAGUCAGGUCAUAAAUUCUGUCACAUGUUUAAUGUAAAAUAAUUGAAACAAGUUUAUUCAUUAUUUAACCACUCAUAUACCAAAAUGAACUUAACAAAACAUAGAUUCUUAUGACACUAAAGUUUAUUCAAAAUGACCUCCGUGAUUUUGAAUACAGGCCUUCAAUCUGCGCGGCCAGUCGUCUAUCGCAGCACGAACGAGGUCCAUGUCAAUAUCGGCGGCUGCCUUAAUCAAGGAUGUCUUGAGUGACUCCAAAUUGGGAUGAGGCUUUGAACACGCCUUUUCCUCCAAAUGUUGCCAUAUCUUGUAAUCUAACGGAUUUAAAUCUGGACUGGAGGAGGGCCAGUCUUCGUGCCGGAUGAAGUCGAUUUCACGCGCCGCCAGCCAGUCUUGUGUGCUCUUCGCUCUAUGAGCUGGCGCCGAAUCUUGUUGGAAUACCCAGUGCCUGUUAUUGAACAUGGUAUGAGAAACAGGUUCCACAAGGUUCGUCAGGACUGUAUUUUGAUACACAACUGCAUUCGUUUUUACACCUUUUUCACAAAAAUGUACCUCUGUUAAGCCCCAAUAAGAAACUCCCAACCAUACCACGAGCGAGGAUGGAAAAUGACCUCGUUGGACACGCGGAAUACGGUUGCUCGCUUCUUCACUACUGUGUGCGUACACCUUAUCAUUUUGUUUGUUGUAGCUCUCUUCUACGGUAAAAAAUUUUUCAUCCGAAAAAAGAAUUUCCCGAUAUUUUUUUCCCGCGUACCACUUCAACAAAGCGCGGCAUCUCUUCAGUCUCAGGUCCAUUAGACGAGCAUUCAAACGAUGUCCUGUUUUUGAAGUGAAACUUCUUUAUCGGCGUUGGAAAAAAAUUUACCGUCACAUUUUUCCGUUACGCGCCAUCUUUUUUGUAUUCAUGUCUAUGAUAAUAAAAUCCUUUUGUUUAAACUUUAUCUAAUUUAACUUUUUUGUAUUCAUGUCUAUGAUAAUAAAAUCCUUUUGUUUAAACUUUAUCUAAUUUAACUUUAUUUAACCAAUUUCUAGAAAGUUGCAUGUAGAUCAUUUUUCGAAAAAUAAGGCCAUAAAGAAGUUUCACUUCUUACGUGUGUACACUAGUACACGCACACAUUUUUUCUUCGAUAUGCCCGAAGCCCUAAGUCUUCAUUUAACACCCUUUUCACCGUGGUUCUGCUUAACCCCAUCUGAAGGGCCAACAGUUUCUGCUUACGUUUGGGAUUUCUUUGAAUUCGCGCCUUCACAACUUUUAUCACUGCUGGAGUCCUAACAGACCGAGGGCGACCACUUCUUGACCUGUCAUCUACACUAGAGUCUUCAUUGUAUCGUUUGAUGGUACGAUAAACGAUUUUUUUGGUUAUAUUCAAAAUUUUCAGUAUGUUAAAAAUUUGAAUUGGCGCGUAACCGCAACGAUGCAACGCAAUAACUGCAACACGGUCUUCUUUAAGCGUCCACUCCAUAUUUAAAAAUGAGUAAAAUUCUAAAAGUAUACAUUUUUAUUUUCAUGAACAAUUCGAAAUUCGAAUUCAAUAAAAAAUUUUGUGGCCAGCAUUCUAAAAGAAAAGUUUUUACUGUGUGACAGUACUUAUGACCUGACUAGGUAUAUUAUACUCUUUUGUUUAUUGCUAAGCUCUGUGGUCUAAUCGAGAAUAGAUUAAUAUUUUUGGUAUUUAAUAAUAAUUGUCUAUAGUGUAGCCCUGGCAAAAUAUGUGAUUAUAGAAGUAAAGUUUUUGACAAUAGUGUUCAAACUUAUAAUUUAAAUUAAUAAUUAUAGCCGAUUUUCGACUUCUUUGGGACCACUAGUUAUUGGUUAAAAACAUAAAAUGCAAUAAAGGUUCAAAUAUUUUACUGUUCCAUAAAUGUCAUUACGAAUUUGUUUGUUCAUGAUUUAUUAUUAAGUUGGAAAACUUAAGUACCCCCUUUUGAUUUCAAACAAAAUGGUUUUCAGUCUACGCAUAGUAUUUAUUUAUAAUAAUAUGUUUAUUACCUUACCUAUAAAAUUUCAUCUUUUAUUAUUUCUGCUUAUUAACUAUCCACUAUUAAAUACUCACAAUACAAUCUAUUUUAAUCUACUAUUAAUCAAAAUGUGAGCUACUAUAAAAAGCGGAAAUACAGAAGUAGAAAAUCGGAA